GCGUGCGUCCAGCUUUGAACGUCUCUGACAUCGAUAAUCAGGAUAUAUCAGAUAUCCUAGUACUUACAUGCCGCACAUCGGCGGCAUCAAAGCGAACUUACAGCGACCAUACCGUGAAGGCGAGAGAGAUUGUUUUCAACAACUGCGACAGGUCGUCCAAGAAAUAACUAAUGAGAGGCCUUCCACAAGAUACGAGAUUCUGAGAAGAGCCACCGAGACCCUCAGGCAGCUUGAUAGAGAGCACCGCUCUCUUUCUGCAGAACAUGCUGCGGUUUUGAACUCUGCUCGUCUCGCUGACUCCUCUACUUUCUAUCCUGCAGUAUCACAAUUUCCAGCUGAGAGUUGGUUAGCGAACCAUGGCAUACAAACGAUCCCGAUGCUCCCACACGUGCUGUCUUCUGAACCGUCAAAUGACAUCGCAUGCAGUACGCAUGAUGGACAAAACAUGGAUGCUGUACAUAAUUACUACAUUUUACCUACCAAUCAUUUCGCGAACAGCCAGUCAUCUGAUGUCUAUUAGUACAGUGUGUUGCAUAUGAGAUUGUAGUGCGUGUUUUUCAAAACUCGGCCCCACUAGGAUAGGUCGGCAGCCAUCAGAGAACUCAUGAGUCCUUGACAUGGUAGCCGUGGGAACUAUAGGAGGACAUAAUUCUGCUCCUGCUGAA